GCUUUCCGAUCCGAGGUCGGCUAUGGACUCUACCUAAUUCACUUCCAACUUACUAAGGUGAGCCAGAAGCAUGGGGUUAUCAACACUCCCUCCCUUCUUCUCUGCAACACAACGCCAAGUGUCCAUGAUAUUUUGGACGCAAACUCCAAACUCCAAAUACCAUCAUUAGCUCGAUAAGCAAAUCGUGGCAGUUCCCUAAAACAUGCUCGCAUGAGCGGAAGAAUGAAAAUGAACCACCGGCUUGACAAUCCACAUUACAUAGCAGUAGUGGCAUUCUCCGGGUGAAGAGAUACCAGUCCGACCAAGUUCCCCUCAGGGUCAACAAACUCCCCAAUAUCCAUGAUGCAUUGUCGAACGCCGUAUCGCAGCUGCUUGAUCUCGCCGUAGUUAUUUUCGACCAACGUCUCGGCAACACUCAGAUCAGCCACUCGGAUGUGGCAUGCUGGUGUUACACCGCGUGCCAUGGCUAUCUGUCGCUUGUAUUCGAGCUGAGCGCGGCUGUCUCCUGUGUCUCUCACUUGCAUCAAGGCUCCUGUGAUGCGAGAUCCUCCGCUCUGGCUUGAGUUGAAGAAGUUCAUGGGCUGCACGUCAAAGUGUGAAGAUCCCCAUUGCCUCAUAUAUGGGUCAUCAGACUGUUGGGCGUUCACGUCCCCAAAGAACUUCCAGCCGAAGCAACGCGAGUAAAAGCUUACCGCUCUGUCUAAGUCGAAGCAGUACAGGAGGAGAAAGUCGGGAGUUCCUCCCAUGCAAGACAUAUCUGGUCUCUCGCUUCCACACGUUUCGGUCUGAGGCAGCGAAGAAGGCAGCAAGUCGUUGUCGUUUGCAAUUCUUGGAGAAGCAGAGGUUUCGAGGGACAUGUUCUUGGCGGCAUUUAUGGGCAGCGAGAACGUUGAAGCAAAGGCUGGCGGCGUGGGCAUCUCGGCUAUGGGUGUGCUGAGAGCAUCAUAGCCUAGUGAGGGUACCGGCGAUGGUGUUCUUCGAUCUGUGUCAAGGUCCAUGGCUGAUGAGGAAAGCGUGAGAGAUGGUCUUGAUUUUGUGUAUGACUCCAUUUUGACAAGUGGAUGUAUUUUUGAAUUCCACUGGCUCGCUGAAAUUUCUUCGACAGAAGCGUCAAGUGACCCAGGCAAGGUUCAGUAUUAUGAUGGAAAGCGUGACGCGCCGCGAGGCAAUAGUCUAACAAAAGGAGAAAUACCCGUCGUGACUUAGAGACGAGGCCCAGUGGACAAGAAACCACAGCUAUCUAAGUUAUUCAACAAUCAGAUAUAUGGUUUGCAUGAGCAAGCCAUAACCUGAUGGACAGGGUUACCUUGUUCUUAUAGCCACCUCUUGAUGAACAAGAGGCAAUUUCCGAGAACUCCAACGCAAACUCUCCUUACAUGCUGCGUGCCUUCAACUGCAUAAAACACCACAAAAGCAAUGAUUCGAGACUGGAAGCACGGAACUUGGCGUGGGUGCCAUCUGGGGCUUGCCAGGCCAACUCAGGCUAAGUGGUAUGGAGGUUAAGGCAAGGAGAAGGCAAGACACUCAAACACAACAAAACAAACACACGACAGUGUUACGUCAAAGACCAAUCGUCUAGGUCUAAAAGGCUAAAGACGUCAAGGGCGGAAGAAACCUGCAGCGACUAGGUCGCUUUGGCAAGUAGGGGUUCUCAUUCUGGAAGGCUAAUGCAUAGACGAGCAGAGCUACUGUAGGAGCUGCAUUGUUGGCGUCUUGAUUUGGCUGGAGUCAAUCACCAUAAACAUAAACAAGCGUGUGUCUCGAGCUGAGCUGAAGUUGUGGUUGAUUUUCAGGGCCUUGACUUCAUUUGAUCAAUGUAGCGUUUAUACUGGAAUGGUAAACAACCCGAAAUCCCACGCCUUCGCGGGUCAUGUCAUCAAACAGUUGUCUCAGAAGAGUGCGUUUCUUAAUUUGCAAACAUAGUUGAGAGUGGUUAACCAACCUGAAUCCUCACAUGUCUCAGUUUCGAACUGAUGGCUUGACGAUCACCGAUCGUGAAGGUGAAGGAUUGGGGGUACCAAAGAAAAGGGUGAGAGAGUUGGCUGGUAUCAGGUAUCAGAGUGGACUAGCCUGAGCGUUCUGCAAGGCGUGCUCUAUUUGGCGGGUAUAAUUAAGCAAGGAGUUGUUUUGAGUGUGAUCGCCUGAACGGUUGGAAAUGUGCUUUACAAUAGUAGCUGCAUAAUUUAUGUGCAGGGAAGAUAUGGUGUGAGUUUCUCAAAAGGAGAAUACGCGACGAUCGAGCCGGAGGAAAGGAGAGGAACGUUUGUGAGAAGAGGACAGUGGAUGAUUGUAUUGACCCAAAUCAAAUGAUGCUCGGAUCCGAUUGAGACUGGUUAGACGUGGAAGUACGUACCGUUUCCGAUAAGCUUCUUAUCGCCCCGCAGAUCCUGGCUUCAGAAAAAAAAUUACAGCAUGAGCGCGGACCAAAGUCAAUAGUGGCAGCUUCAACACCAAGGAACCUCCAAAUUGUCGAUAAUCGCCUUCCACCAUCUGGCGCAUAAUUAAAUCGUCAUGGAGUCCAGUUCAAAGCGUCGGAAGCUAGACCACUCUGGAUCUGGUCUGAGACACGAUGCUCUCAUUGAUUUUGAGGCUCGCAGCUCUGCCAGAGUCUCAACCGCUAGCACUUUUGUCCUCCAAACAGACGAGCUACUCAAGGAGGCGAAACUUGACUAUGGGAAGGCAUUGAAUCAUGUUGAUGCAAACCUUCAUCGACUGAAGGAAGCUAUUGACACUGCGACUCCCCACGGACCCGAACCUAUCACCGAAGUCACGAGCCGCUUUGAGAAGAAGCAUCGCAUCGUCAUUCCUUACCCCGAUCCGAAGCCUGCUAAAGAUGCUCCCUACAAGCUUUCCUUUGAGAAACCAGGUUCAUAUAAUGUCGUGGGAAGCUAUGUCGCCAAGACUAUGGUCAAGUCCCAGGCGCAAUUUGGCAUCGAUAUGGUAGUUCAGAUGCCGAAGACUAUGUUCCAAGAGAAGGACUUUACAAGUAUGCGAUAUUUUUACCGCCGAGCAUACUACAUCGCCUACAUCGCCGCCAACGUCAAGAAAGAGUUGGGAGACUCGAUGGAUAUCGGCUUUGAAUACCUGAACGAGAACCCGCUUCUGCCUGUACUUGCACUUCGACCCAAGGCCGAGGAGGAGGAGACCGAUGCCAAGGAGAUCAAUGGGAAGGCUUCCAAGAAGAAGGGGAAGGUUGUGAAAUCCCCGUAUACUAUUCGACUCAUCCCUUGCGCUCCUGAUGGCCUUUUCCCCAAGUCGAAGCUACUUCCUAGCUCUAACAACAACCGAAGUGGAGAGUCCGACGACAAAAAGACCCAGGCUAGAACUCCUUUCUAUAACUCUACUUUGAAAGCUGAGGAGACGUUCAUCUCUUACCUGCGUGUUCUUACACACGCCAAAAACGAGUGCCCCGCCCUGACUGAUGCCUGUGUAUUGGGAAGAAUCUGGCUGCAGCAGAGGGGUUUCGGAAGUUCCAUCUCGCAAGGCGGAUUUGGUCAUUUUGAGUGGUCUGUCAUGAUUGCUCUCUUGCUUCAGAUGGGUGGACGGAAUGGGCAGGCAGCGCUUUCAAACUCUCUUAGCAGCACUGAACUUUUCAAGGCUGCUGUUCAGUUCCUUUCGGCCACUGAUUUCAACAAGAAGCCUUUCGUUUUUGGAUCCUCGAAGAUAAGUGCCGACUCUGUCCGAGAAGCUGGCCCUGUCAUGUAUGACCCAAUUCGAGAACUCAAUGUACUGUCAAAGAUGAGUCCCUGGUCUGCGAGUCUACUUCAAAUGCACGCCAAGUCCACCACCGACCUCCUCGCUGACGAAGCUGCCGACAAGUUCGACCCGACAUUCAUUGUCAAGUCUGAUGCUCCUCUCCAGACAUUCGAUGCUAUCUUUGAGAUUAAGAGCAAGGAUAUUGCUAAGUCCAAUAGCUCUACUGACUGCAGAGGACCUGCAUGGGACUUUAGCCUAGAAGCACACAAGGUACUCACGAAGGCCUACGGCACUCGUGCUCAUCUCGUGCAUUUCCAACUGCCUACCAGAGCUGGGUGGUCGUUGGGCUCCGCGCCAACUUCAAGUUCUGGUAGGCUUCAAUUUGGUGUCAUGUUCGAAUUCGCCCAGAUGUCCAGACAGAUGGAGCAUGGUCCCGCAGCAGAAGAACAAAAAGAAGCUGCCAAAUUCCGACAAUUUUGGGGCGAGAAGGCCGAGCUGCGUCGUUUCAAGGAUGGCAGUAUCCUUGAAUGCGUUGAGUGGUCAAGCAAAGUUCCGUUCCAGAUCUGCGAGGAAAUCGCAGCGCACACCUUGAAACGACACUUGAAGGUUGCCAGCGAAGAUAUUAUUGCUUUUGGGGCUGGCUUCUCCAACAUUGUCACCUUCUCUCAUAUGGAUAAGGAGGCUUUCGAUACUGCCCGAAGAGCGUUCCAGACCCUCGAAUACGAUAUUCGAAACCUUGAAGAACUGCCACUGCAAAUUAGACAGCUUUCGCCGGUUUCACCAGCCGCUAGAUAUGCUUCAGUUGAUGCUCCAAGCCCUGGCUUCCACACAGGUACUAUUGAGCCUAUAGAUGUGAACCUCUAUUUCGAGGCAUCGAAUCGAUGGCCCGAGAAUCUAGUGGCCAUUCAAGAGACCAAGAUUGAGUUUUUGCUGGACUUCGACAGGCGUCUCACGGCGGCGAAAGAAAACAUUACAACCUAUCUUGGCCGAGAUAACAAGGAGAUUGGUAUCGAGAAUCUGGCAUAUCUCGACAUUAUCUACGAAUCUGGUGCGGCAUUCAGGUUGAGAAUCCAUGCAGACUUGGAAGAUACCCUCCUUGAGCGCCAAAUCAAGAACAAAACGCUUGAUGCUCACAUUCGAGAGGAGUCGGAAGCGGUCCUUGCUAGGACCAACUGGUUCUUUGCUACCCUACCAAUUCAUACACAGACUAUCUCAACUUUUUGCACACGCCUUCAUCCUCUAUCACAGACUAUCCGCUUGGUAAAGCACUGGUUCAACUCUCACAAGCUUUCAAGCCACAUCAGUGAGGAGCUUAUUGAGCUCUUCGUUCUGCACGUGUUCUUACAACCAUACCCAUGGAGAGCCCCCACGAGUGCCUCAACAGGUUUCUUACGCACCCUGACAUUCCUGUCGCGCUGGGAUUGGCGUGAUGAGCCUCUGAUCGUCGACUCUGCAGAGGAGCUGACUGAUGAUGAUCGCCAUAACAUUCGCAAAGAGCUUGAGUCUCGGCGCAAGAAGGAUCCCAACAUGAACCACACAGUCAUGUUUGUUGCCACCUCUAAUGACACUUCUGGCCUCGCUUAUACCCGCAAUGGACCUUCUAAGCUCAUCGCCUCACGUAUGACCCGACUGGCUAAGGCCGCAUGCAAACUUGUGAAGGACAGCGGAUACCGUAUUGAUGCUACUGAGCUAUUUGAAACUUCUCUCGAAGACUACGAUGUUCUUUUACAUCUUUCUCGAAAAGCUAUUCGCUCAAUACUUCGAGAGGCUGCUUCUGACCCCUCAGCCCGCCGUCACUCCCAGUUCAAGAACCUUGAUGAUCGCACAGGUCGCGCACCACUCCCCAUCCGUGCUCAUCCUGUCGACGUAUUGAUGGAGGAGCUACAGCGUGUAUACGACGAUUCACUUGUGUUCUUCCGGGGAACCAACAACAGCGACGAGGACGAUGCUGUGAUAGGGGCUAUCUGGAACCCAAAGCUUCAGCAGCAGAAGUUCCGAGCUGGUCUACCUUAUAAUUUCCACAAGGUAACCGACGAGGAUGGAGAUGUAGUCGUGGUGAACCGUAAGGCAGUGUUGUCAGAGAUUGCUAGGAUUGGUGGCGAUAUGAUUAGAAAGAUUGAGGAAGUCGAGUAAAGCUGACGCAUCGUUCAAGAGGUGCAGACAUAUUGGAGAAUACCCAUGCAUAUAGAUCGAGAUAUAGACUCAGGCUCUAUCUUGAGAAAUGUUUUUAAAAAGUACAUUUUUACGUCAGGCGUCGAACUUUACUUCACAUUUUGAGGUGGCCCUAUCGUUACGGAGCAAAUGGAAUCUGAUUGAUAGAUUAUAAGAUCGUUGUCUAUGAUUGAAUCUUUUUGGUG